AUGAGCUUCUGCCUAACCACUUGCAAAAAGAACGUUGCACUUGAGUGGCACCAGGACCAAAUCAUCAUUCAAAUGAACUGGACACUCAUGGAGAAUAUGUGUGGUAGUAUUAAAGAAUGUUGGGGUUCUGGUAGAGAUGAUUUGAAUGUACCAGUUAACCUUCCGCAGAUUUGCCCACUUCAGUUGCAGCUAGGGGACAAACUGUUGCUCGUCCCGGAUGAGACACUGAUGUCAUAUGGUGUCAGGCUUCUCAACGUGUCUAAGGACAAUUUUGAGAGUUGUUCUGCGAGCGGGCUCGCAAAAGACCAGUUGAUUUUCCCUCAACACAUAAAUAGAAGUGAAGAAGUGGAUAGCAAGUGGCUCAAGCCGGGUCACCGCUACUUCAUUGGUCUGCAUGACGAUGAUACCCAGCUGUGUAAGCACGGCUUGAGGCUCAACGUGUUGGUCAAGACGCAACUUUGCCAAGCCUCCCCUCUUCUUCCACUUUGUUCUGGAAAGGGUAUUUGUCAAACGGACAAUUUGGAAGACACAUACUCGUGCCGAUGUCAUCGCCACUACUCCGGGAGGUUUUGUGAAAAAUUUGACCCUUGUUUGGAUAAUCCUUGUAAAAACAAAGGAGUGUGUUUGAGCAACGGAUCUGCAGAACUGAACCACAGAACGUACAAAUGUCUGUGUCCUCCACAUUUUACAGGAACAACCUGCUCAGAAGUUAUCGGCAAGGAAAACUGCGACAGCGUAUGUACAAAAGGGACGUGCGUUCAAGUGUCGUCAGGCUCCUAUGCCUGCAUCUGUGGUGCAGAAUUCUCAGACCUGCCUUGUGAAAGAAAAUCUAGUUGUGAUCCAAAUCCAUGCAGAAAUGGAGGCACAUGUGAGGAGACUCCCACAGGUCUGGCCUCUGAAUGUGUGUGUGCAGAUGGUGAAGUGGUCCCAGCAUGCACGAGAGGGCGGCGGAACGUGUGCAACCCAUCACCGUGCCUCAAUAAUGCCACCUGUGUGUCCAGGGGACAUGAUUAUGUGUGCAGAUGUCUGCGGGGCUUUGCGGGGAAGAAUUGUGGAGAAGUAAUUGACUACUGCCGCCUGCUCAAUAUCAACUGUCUAAAUGAGGGAUUGUGUUUGAGUGUAAUUGCCGGAUAUCAGUGUAUCUGUACCCCAGGAUGGAUGGGAGAGUUUUGUCAAUACGUGAGCAAUGCCUGCCUGAUAAAACCCAACAGAUGCUUGAAUGGAGCCACAUGUAUUACAACGAGCCAGAUGUCGUCUCCUCCACAGUACAUGUGCAAAUGCCCAAAAGGAUUCACAGGAACACACUGUGAGACGGAGAUCAACGAGUGUCACUCCAAUCCCUGCCGGCACAAUGGCACAUGCUUUGACUUGGUAGGACACUAUGAAUGCCAGUGUCCCACAGGUUUUCUUGGCAAGAACUGUGAAGUGGACGUAGACGCUUGUGUGCUCAACAGCACAUGUCCACCAAAGACUCAGUGUUUGGAUCUUGCUGAUGGUUUAAAAUAUACUUGCCGUGUGCCCUGCCCCACAAGCCUUCAGCCAUGCGCCAACAAAGGCCGCUGCGUGUUGAAUAACGCCAACAGCUACACAUGCAUCUGCAGCCCCGGAUGGUCAGGCCAUAAUUGUCGCACAAAUGUCAAUGAUUGUGUUCAACAUUGGUGUCAAAAUGGCGCGACUUGUGUGGAUGAAAUUAAUGGUUAUAGCUGCCUUUGUCCUGUCGGAUUCUCUGGCUCCUUCUGUGAAAAGGACAUUGAUUAUUGUGAGGACCAUAACUGCUCUGAACAUGGGGUUUGCGUGGAUCAGCAGUUAAAUUUCACCUGCCGUUGUUCUCUCGGGUAUGAAGGAGCUCUAUGUGAAAAAGAAACUAAUGAAUGUGACACUAUCCCCUGUGGAAACGGGGCCACGUGUGAGGAUCUCUUCAGUGAUUAUCGAUGCCACUGUUCCCCAGGGUUUGAGGGAAGGAGAUGUGACGAGAAUGUGAAUGAUUGCUGGUCACAGCCUUGUCUCAAUGGUGGCUCAUGUAUGGAUCUGAUAAAUGACUACAUUUGUCAUUGUCCUCUUGGGUUCAAGGGCAAAGACUGCUCCAUAGACAUUGACCUCUGCUCAUUUGGGAUGUGCAGUGAACAUACAGUAUUAUGCACAGAAACAAAGAAUGGGCAAAAUGUGUCCUGCUUAUGUGAAAGAGGGUUUGGAGGGUCACUGUGUGAAGUCGAUCUCAACGAGUGCGAGUCAAAGCCAUGCCAAAAUAAUGGCGUUUGUGUGGAUGGCGCCAACCAGUAUCACUGCUUCUGCUUAGAGGGGUUCAAGGGGUCGAACUGCGAAAUCAAUCAUGAUGAAUGUGUCCAUGGGUCCUGCGCUAAUAAUUCCACUUGUAUUGACUUGGUUGCAGACUAUGAGUGCCUUUGUCCAUUAGGCUUUGCCGGUAAAAAUUGCUCAGUUGCUCUUUUAGAAUGUACGGAUGAUGUUGACUACUGCAAAAAUGGAGGAACCUGUUUCCACGACAGAACUGGGGAAUUACAAUGCAUUUGCCCACCAGGACACCAUGGCAGUGACUGCUCCUCAUCUGUAAACCAAUGUGUGUCCAAUCCCUGUGACCCUGAUGGAACUCUCCGCUGUGAAGGUCUUGCAAAUACCUACACCUGUGUUUGUCAACAUGGCUUCAGCGGACCACGCUGCGAAACAGCUAUCAACCACUGUGUUGAUGGCCUGUGUCAAUACGGAUCAACGUGCUUGGACCUUUGGAGAGGCUUCAAGUGUGAUUGUUUACCAGGUUUGACCGGUCGUUAUUGUGAGCUGAACAUGAAUGAUUGUGAGGGACAGCCAUGUGGUGCCUUGGGUAUUUGUAAAGACAAUCUCGGUGGCUACUCUUGUUUCUGUGCACCGGGGUUUAUUGGCAAUAACUGUGAGAUAGAAGUAAAUGAAUGCCUCAGCCAGCCUUGUAGAAAUGGUGGUUCCUGCGUUGAUGGUGUCGCAUCUUUCAGCUGCCUGUGCCCUCUUGGUUUCAGAGGCAGCUACUGUGAAGUCAGUGUAGAUGAGUGUGCAUCGUCUCCCUGCCUGAACAACGCCACUUGUGUUAACCGCAUGCAUGCCUAUGGAUGCGUGUGUGGAUCUGGCUUUACAGGGACACUUUGUGAACUUCACAUUGAUGAGUGUAUUUCAUCACCCUGUAAGAAUGGAGCCACAUGCAUUGACCAGCCUGGUAAUUACUUCUGCCAGUGUCUGUCUCCUUUUAAAGGUCCAAAUUGUGACUUGUUACCCUGUGAGGCCAGCAAUCCCUGUGAGAAUGGAGCCUUGUGUGUGGAAGAGUUGGAUGAGGACCAUUACCCUUUGGGCUUCCGGUGCCGCUGUCGCAGAGGAUUCACGGGCCCUCGCUGUGAAAUCAACGUGGAUGAGUGCAGCUCAAGCCCCUGUGUCAAUGGAUUUUGCUAUGAUGUUGUAGAUGGAUUUUAUUGCCUUUGCAGUCCUGGCUAUGCCGGCCUGCAAUGUGAGAAAGACAUUGACGACUGCGUUAACAAUCUGUGCAGCGGCAAUUCAAUAUGUAAAGAUCUCCAUCUGAGUUACGAAUGUGUAUGUCACUCUGGCUGGGAGGGCGAGUACUGCCAACAAGAAAUUGUUCAAUCUUUGUCACAGCCCUGCAAAAACAACGCUACCUGGACUGGAGUCAAUGGCUACAAGUGUAUAUGCGCACCGGGCUGGACAGGUGUGGAGUGCUCUGAGGAAGUCAAUGAGUGUGAAUCUGGACCUUGUCUAAAUGGAGCUCGGUGUCAGGAGGCACAUGUAACUGGGGAUUUCUCAUGCACCUGCCCCCCCUUUCUCAGCGGCCCAUUGUGCAACCAGCCUUAUGACCCGUGUGAGCCACUCCACAAUCCCUGCCUACACAACUCCACCUGCCUAACACGCUCCGAUGGAACGGCCGUCUGCACAUGCCCAGCUGGAUUUGAAGGAAGCCGUUGUGAAACUGACACCAAUGAGUGCAGCUCUAAUCCUUGCCAAGACCACGGCGACUGUAUGGACCAGGUCAAUGGCUACAGAUGUGUUGGCAAAAUGGGAUUUUCCGGCCUUCACUGUGAGCAAGUCAUAAAUGAGUGCUCCUCACGGCCUUUCCUCAACGGUGGCACCUGUCAGGACCUACUGAACAAGUUUCACUGCAGUUGCCCUUCUGGAUAUUUCGGAACACUCUGUGACCUGAGUGGGAACGAGUGUCAAGUUUCACCUUGCCUACAGAGGGGCACCUGCAUCAACAAGCCAGAGGGCUUUGAAUGUGUCUGUCACCAUAGAUACUCAGGGGCACGGUGUGAAGUUAACAUUGACAAGUGCAUUUCAAAGCUGUGCCAGAAUGGUGGGAGAUGUAUUGAUGAAGCCGAUCGAUAUCACUGCGUGUGCCCCGACGGCUUCCUUGGCCCCGACUGUGAGACCAACAUUGAUGAAUGCUUGUCGGCACCUUGUUUUCAAGGGAGCUGUCAUGAUGGAAUCACUUCCUACACGUGUCUUUGUGAGGCGGGAUGGAGCGGCAGCAGAUGUGAAACAAACAUUGAUGACUGUACUACCGAUCCCUGUUUGAAUGGAGGCUCGUGUGUUGAUCUGAUUGAUAAACAUUCAUGCGUUUGUCAGGAUGGUUACACAGGAAAAGCCUGUGAGUUUGACAUUGACGCAUGCAUAGAAUUUGCAAAAUUUUGUUCUCAAGGAGCUUCGUGCAUUGAUGGUAAAGAACUCAACUUUACUUGUAGCUGUCCAGCAGGUUUCACAGGGGAUUUAUGUGAAGUGGAAGUUGACGAAUGUGGCUCAUCUCCCUGCCACAACGAUGCCAUUUGCCAAGAUCUUAUUAAUAGCUACGUCUGCCACUGCCGGCCAGGUUGGACAGGCCUUCACUGUGAGGAUGACAUUAAUGAGUGCCUUCCACAGCCCUGCAACCAGGGGAUAUGCGUUCAGGGUGAUCCGGGCCACGGCUACACCUGUUUCUGUCGGCCUGGAUUUGUGGGGAGGAACUGUGAGCACAACUAUGAUGAUUGCCUCUUAAAUCCAUGUCCAGAAGCAUAUUCCUGUGUAGAUGGCAUCAACAAGGUCACCUGCCUCCCUCCUGCAACGGAUGCAGUUCCCUUGGAGACCGCACUCAAGAACAUCACUCGCGGCUUUACACCACAUGUGCAAAUACCAACAGUCAGCCUCUCAUCGACAGCUGAGCAAUCCACAGAUUCAAACUAUGUCCAGUAUUUUGGAAAUUCUUACCUGGAAUUUGAAGGGAUUGACCUCAGCACAAUCAACAACUUAACUGUGAGGUUUCAGACUCAAGCUGACCGUGGAACGAUCAUUUAUGUCGGCCGAGGAACACGUAACGUAGAAAUGUUCAUGGAACUUUUUGUCCUAAAUGGAACUCUGCAGUACAUCUUUUCCUGCAAUGAAGAGGAUGACAUUGCGAGGAUUAAAACACAAAUUCAUGUUGAUGACGGCAAAGUGCACAUUGUCAACAUCAGACAACACCUGGCUCCUUGUGAAGCGGAAUUAACUCUUUCCGGUCAUGAGAAAAUCAAAAGUGCAACAAGUAAUUUCUGGUUGGGUCAUAACAUACCAAGAACAAACCACAUCUUCAUAGGGGGUCUGCCACUUCACUACAGGGCCAAUCAGACUGCAAGGCCUUUCACCAACUACAGCGGAUGCAUUGAAAUGAUUGAAUUUAAUAAAGUCAGAAGUUUUUCCAUAUCCAAUGCGAUCACCAGCUUCAAUUUAGGGACAUGCAGGUAAAGUAUUUUAGAACAUCAUGGAAAUUGAUGUUUUUUCAUUUGACUGACCAACAGUGUCAACACAACCACAGCUCCCGCUCAAGCGCCAAAUGCCCAGCAUGAAAUUUGUGGUGAUGGUGUUUGCCUCAAUGGGGGGACGUGUCAUGAGCUGCAACAACCUGGCAAAGAUUCACCUUCCUGCCUCUGCCCGCUUCAUUUUACUGGAACGUUUUGUGAGAAAGAUUCCAAAGUGUACAUCCCAUCUUUUGAUGGCACAUCUUACUUGGAGCUGCAACCUCUCACAUCCAUCCUUCAGUCCUCGGACACCAGCAAUAAUGUACCGCCCCCUGUCAAGGACAGCAGCGUAAUUCUCCAUUUGACUAUGAAAACUCGGUCUACACAAGGCACCAUCCUCUACACCCAGGAGCAGAAAUCUGGUGGCAAUUUCCUUCACGUGUUCCUUCAAGAUGGAAGUCCUGUUGCGGAACUUAGAUGUGGCAGUAAACAAGUUCUCAAUGUGACCGCCAGCGAGACUAUCAACAAUAACAGAUGGAUGUCAAUGGCAGUUAGAUACAAUCUGCCCACCGGCAAACAAGCAGGGUCAUGUAUGAUUGAAAUAGCAGUGAAUAAUAGCCCGGCUCAUCGUCUCCAGGAGUCUGUGUCACUGCCCAUGUCAGAGGAAAUAUUUGGGCCUAUUUUUCUUGGGCUAGCCCCCUCCCGUUGGGAAUUGCAUGACGGGCUUGCAAAAGGAGGAUUUAUUGGAUGUAUUCGGCAACUUCAGGUCAACUCAAAGGAAAUUUUCUUGGUGGGUGAGGCCGUGAGAGGGCGGAACAUCAACAACUGUGAUCCACCCGUUUGCCAACACCUUCCCUGUCGCAAUGGUGGGACUUGUGUGAGUGAUGCAGAGGACUGGUUCUGUGAGUGCCCACAGCUCUUCGCCGGCCAGCUGUGCCAGUUUAUGACCUGUGACCGCAACCCCUGCAGUCAUGGAGCAACAUGCAUCCCAAAGUCGCCACUGGAGGCGGUGUGUCUUUGUCCUUAUGGUAGACAAGGACUACUUUGUGAUGAAGCAGUCAAUAUCACACGAACCAGAUUCAGUGGUACUGAUGAGUUCGGCUACACAUCUUUUGCGGCCUACACCAACAUUCCAAGUCUCAGCUUUUUCUUUGAGUUCCAGCUGAAGCUCACACUGGCCAAUAACACCUCUGCUUUGAAAGACAACCUGAUCCUGUUCACUGGGCGGAAAGGACAAGGCACUGAUGGUGACGACUUCCUCGUUUUGGGCGUGCGGAAGGGGAGAAUUGUGCAUAAAUUCAAUCUUGGCUCAGGUAUAGCAACCAUCGUCUCAGAUCGACUGAACCUCCACAUGGACAUCCACACCGUCACAUUUGGAAGGACCAACAAAACCGGAUGGCUGAAGGUUGAUGGACAAAGGAACAGAACGGGCUCAUCCCCAGGACCUCUGCGGGGCCUCGAUGCUGUCAAGCAACUCUUUGUAGGGGGAUAUAAUGAGUACACCCCUGACCUGCUGCCACUUGGCUCCAGGUUCCAUCAAGGCUUUCAGGGGUGCAUAUUUGAUAUCUAUUUUCGAACAAGAAGAAACGGAACAUUCCAAAUUCUGGGUCAACCAACCUUUGGACGAAGCGUGGGUCAAUGUGGAGUCAACUUGUGUGUUCAUGUUCACUGCAGGAAUGGAGGAACAUGUGUGGACUCUGGUUCAUCCGUGUAUUGCCAGUGCCCUUUCGGAUGGAAGGGAGCGCUCUGUUCAGAGACAGUGUCGGUGUGCGAUGCGGCGCACGCUCCCCCGCCUUUGUGCACGCACGGCUCCACCUGCAUCCCUCUUCCAAAUGGAUAUACCUGUCAGUGCCCCCUGGGAACAGCAGGACUCCACUGCGAGAAAGCUGUGAGCAUCAGUGAUCCAUUCUUCAGUGGAAAACAUUCCUGGAUGUCAUUCCCCCCGAUGAAAACGAGACAUAGGACUUUUUUACAAAUGCAGUUCCAAGCGUUAUCACCGGAUGGCAUCCUUUUCUACAUUGCACAGCAUCUCGGGGAUAGACCUGGGGACUUCUUCUGCCUCUCUUUGAUUUCUAGCUUUGUCCAGCUGCGGUACAACCUGGGAGACGGUCCUCACAUCCUGCAGACUCUUACUAGAGUAAACCUGCAUUCUAAGAGCUGGCACACGGUCAAGGCAGGCCGCAUUGGUCAGCGGGGCUUCCUAAUUUUAGAUGGCAACGAGGUCAGACACAAUGUAGCCCAGGGGAUGAGCACACUGGAUGUUGCCACUGACAUCUUUGUCGGCGGCGUCUCAUCUCUGAGUUCCGUGUCCACGGACGCGGUCGAAGGAGAGCCAAGGGGCUUCACUGGCAGCAUCAGAGAAGUGGUUCUAAACGGACUUGAGUUGGAGUUGACGGAAAAAGGGGCUCUUGGUGGAGCAAAUGUCGGGGAUUGGGAUGGGAGCGCCUGUGGGUAUAAGGUGUGCCACAAUGGGGGCCAAUGCAGGGUAACAGGAAGUGACUCCUUCACGUGUGACUGCCCGGCAUCAUGGACCGGCCCAACUUGUAAUCGGUCUCUAAGCUGUGUUAAUAAUAUUUGUAAACAUGGUUCCAUAUGCUCUCCUGUUGGUCCGACAUCAUACACCUGCAUUUGCCCCCUCGGGUGGGGAGGGAAGUAUUGCACCAGAGAGGUAGCAACAGACACUUUAAAGUUUGUGGGACACUCGUAUGUGAAAUACAUUGAUGUAAAAUACAACCGAAGGGAUUUAAGAUCCACUCAAGUUUCUUUUAUCUUCCUCACCAACACAAGUGACGGUUUAAUCAUGUGGAUGGGCAAGGGGGGACAUGAUGAUGAUGACUUCCUAGCAGUGGGACUGGAGAGGGGAGACCUGAAAGUUGUACUUAAUCUCGGGGAGAGAAUUUCCCUCCCGGUGACUUUGAAAAGUCCGACACUUUGCUGCAAUAAAUGGCACCAUGUGUCCAUUUUAGUUCACAAUUGUGUCGUUCAAGUGCAUUUGAACAACAAUAGAGUCAUCCUGGAGGAUGUGGAUCCAAUUGGGAGAUACAUAGCUUUGAAUUACUGGGGGCAACUCUACUUUGGGGGAUUUGAAAUGAACACAAACGUAUCCGUCGUGACAUCUGGGCUGUUUUCGGGGGGUUUUGAAGGAAAUCUCAGAAAUGUUUAUUUGUUUAAUGAACCUCUUCUGUUUUCAAAAAGCAACGAGGGCUUUAAUGUUGGUAAUGGAACUGAAUAAAUAAGGGGGACUUUUUGGUGAGAGUUCAACACUCUAGAAGAUAGAGCAUUCGAAGGAGUGUGCAUUUUGUGCUCUUAUAAGAUAUUACAUCAAAGAAAAGGGAAGGACGGUAAAGAGGAAAACGUGUUAUAAAAAUAUUCGUCCUGGCUGCUCAUUAUACUCGGAGCAAAAUGGUUAAUGAAGUAUCGGGCAAUUACAUACACAAAUUUGUGCUAACCAGGUGCUGAAAUUAAGUACAUGUCAGA